CGAACUGUGAGAAACAAUAUGAUGUUAGUUUUAAAAAUAAUCUAUCGUGAGAGUUGAGGUUUGGCGUUGGCGCAAUGUAUGUAGUAGGGUUUAAGCUUUAGUUUCAAGAGUGUGUCAGAGGGAGGUUUAAAGUUGGCAUUUGCAGUGGAGUUAGUAAUCUCACAUUACCCUGACGUGAGAGUUGAGGCUUGGCGUUGGCGCAAUGCCUGUUGAUGUAGUAGGGUUUAAGCUUUCUGCUUCUGCUAGAGUGUGGGAGGUUUAAACUAAUCUAAAGUUUGCAUUUGCAGAAUCCUUCACUUCGCAGUUCACACUAUUGCGCUCUAAGUAAGUAAAAUGGGUUAUGGUUACGGUCCUUUCUCUCUUCUACUAACCAGACGCCUCCAUCUCUAUUCUUCCCUAAACCCUAAACCCUCUUUCCCACUCUUUCACCUUCUCACCAAACCCUUCUCCACCGCCCCUCCAGACCCUAACCCUAAACCCUCUUCCCUCUCCGCCCGUCUCAGCUUCGUCUUCGACCAAAUCGACGCCAUCGAAAAAGAGCGCUCUCAGAAGCACGAAACGCUUCAGCGCAUUCGAGCCUGGCGUGAAUCCAAGAACGCUCCCCCUUCGCCCUCUCAGAACGAUGCCCCACCGGAGCCGGCACUAUCCGUCUCCGCAGACGACGAAAGCCCUCCGGAGCCGCCGCCGAAGAAGGCGGUGGAGUUGGUGCAUCCGUGGCCGGAGUGGAUCCAAUUGAUGGAGAUGCUGGUGCACCAGAAUUACUUCGACCACAAAAGGAGGGACGAGGAUAAAAUGGUCCACGACUUAGGGUUCAAUUCGCCCGAGGUUGCCGAAGGAUUCGAUUUCACCAAGGAUUUCAAGAGCGUUCACAUGGCGUGUCUCUAUUUCGGGAGAGACCGUUUUGAUAUAUUGAGGUCCUUGUCAAGGAAGGAUAUUCAAGUUUUGGUUGGUUAUGGAUGCCCUACUGUGGACAGAAAGGUGGUUUUCUCUGCAAAACUUUUAAGGAAGCAUGUUCACCUUGAUGAAGGAGAUGUCUGUAGUUCCUGCAGCUUGAGAAACACUUGUGAAAGGGGGUAUCUGCUAACAAACAAAGAGGAUGAGGCACAGACUCUUGAUGUCAUGAGGCUCCUGCUGACUUUUGGUUUUGAUCCUGUUGAUGGAUCAGUCAUCAAUAAGUCACUUCUAAAGCAGAAGUCUGUGAAAACAGUGGUUCGUAAAUUACUUCAUGAGGUUGUCAAGCUGAGUUCAGUUCCCAUUGAUCCAAAUCUUCCUCCUCCGGUGAUUAAAAAACCACCACCAAAAGUGAAACAACCUCCUCCUCCUCCAAAGAGACGUGUUGGACGGGAUGAUGUCGAGAUGAAAAAAGGGGACUGGCUAUGUCCGAAGUGUGAAUUCAUGAAUUUUGCAAAGAAUACUGUUUGUUUACAGUGUGAUGCCAAGCGUCCUAAAAGACAGUUGUUGCCAGGAGAAUGGGAGUGCCCCGAGUGCAACUUCUUGAAUUACAGGAGGAAUAUGGUAUGCUUCCAUUGUGAGUGUAAACGCCCACCUGAUGAAUUUCUUGAGAAUAAAAUGCAAGAUAGAAUACAGAGUUCCAAACCUAAGUUGGAUAAGAUGGGCAGCCGACAAGAGGUUUCCAAUGCCUGGAAUUUUGACUUUGAUGACAAUGAAUCAGAUGGUGCAGAUGUAGCUGCUUUUGAGUAUGCAGAUACUCAUGCUAUAGAUGAGAAUUCAGAUAAUCAUGCUCAACAUGCAAAUCAUACGGGAUGGGAAGAUGAUUUUGAAAAAAACAAAGUGCAAGGGUCCCCUGAUGGAGAAUAUGCUAAUCCUGGUCUUUAUAGACCUAGAACAGGGUUUGAUGAUUUUGAGGAUGAGGAUGAUAUAGAUAGUUAUGAGCUAGAAACUGCUCAAAAUAGUAGUAGAAUGGAAGAAUCUAAAUAUAAUUUCUCAGAAGGUGAAAACUUUUCUGAAUCUGAAGAUAUUGAAGCCACUGAUGAUAAGAUGCAUGCACGACACAAAACAGCUUCUGGAAGAAGUGCACAAUCCCGAUCAAUUCGCAAGAAUACAUCUUUCUCUGGAUCCGAUGAUGAUGAACUUGAAUUUGGUACAGAUGAACAACUGUCCGUUGUCUCCAAUUUCAAAUCUGGGCAUGUUUCUGCUGCUGACAGAAAAAGAAAAGGCAGAGGUCCUUCCAAGAAAUUAAGCUUUGGUUCUGAAUCUGAGGAAGAGAUUGGUGCUGGUUUAUACUCUGAUGAGGAUGAUGACUUAAAUGAAGAAUAUUCAUUCAGGAAAAAUAAAGGGAACAAACGUGAUCUAUCCAGACAAAAUAAGGGGAAUAGACACGAUUCUGGAAGAAGGAACUUCACCAAAGACAGAAAGUCAGGAUCUAUUGGCGGUCGCCAAACAAAUAUGUUCAGUGAUGAUUUUGAUGGAUCAUCCCAGCAGUCUUAUAGGAACAGUAGGGGGUCUCGGGAAAAUGACCAUAAUCGGAAGAGUUUUGAAGAUUUUGAUGGACCGUCUCGGCAAUCAUAUGGUGAUGGUAGAGGGUCCCGAGGAAACAACGGUAAUGGAUCAUCCCGGCAGUCUUACGGGAAUGGUAGGGGGUCUCGAGGAAAUGACCGUUAUCGUCCGAGAUUUGAAGAUUUUGAUGGACCGUCUCAACGACCAUAUAGUGAUGGUAGAGGGUCCCGUGGAAACAAGCGCAAAGGAUCAUCCCGGCAAUCUUAUGGGAAUGGUAGAGGAUCUCGAGGAAAUGACCGAAAUUGGCAGAGAUUUAAAGACAGGGAAAAUGGAACGGGACGGUUAAAUAAAUAUAGAAUGGAUGAGAAAGAUUCUGGUGGUGAAUUUAAAAACAGUAGGCGUGUAAUUGAAAGAUAGCGCCACCGCCAUGGCUCCAUGAACAAAUUUUUGUUGCUCAGUUUGGUGUUGCACAUAAAUAUUGCUGAUUGCCAAACUCAAAUGUGAUACAAUACAAGCCUCUAAAGGUCAGUCAGUAUUCAUAAGAUCAAUUGAUCUGGAAAUCUUAAACCUUGGAAAAUUUUCCCCUUCCAAUAAAUAACAGAUCAGUGAAUUGGUUACGAAUGUCUGGUUGGACGAUCAAGUUAUGCCUUGAUGCUAUUUUUCAGCAAAGUUAACCUGCCAUAUGAGCGGCCGUGCCCUGCCAUAAUGUGAUCAUCCAAUAUAAGGUUCGUGAAUAACCGCCAUAUCUGACCCGCCGAUUCCAGUGUCUUCUUAGUGACUUCUCUGGAACAAUACUGUUGCAAAGUAAGCAAUGCACUUAGUAAUCACACUCUGGGAUUUUGAAUAUGAAAAUUGUGAAGGCAAUAUUACUUAAGAGCUUAAUAGGUUGCACUUUUGUUAUUGCAGCUUAAUAUUCUCAUUUUUCACUCUUCCCUGUGAUGAAUUUAUUUUUCAUAACAUCCUAGUUCUCAA